UAAUUGGUAAUUAUCUUAUUAUUAUUUAGUACUAAAAAGACAGUAGUAUAUUUUAGUAUAUAUUUUUUUAAUGAAUGUAAAACAAUAUUCAAACAAAAAUACUGGGUAACGUGCUUCUGUUUCCGAAAGGUGUUUUUAACUUCUAAAUAGAGAAAGAAUGAAGAAGAAAAGAAUGUAAAGAAUUAAUGAUUUAGGUGCCUAUUCUUGAGCCAAACCAUAUUGCUAUCCCAUCUGCAUAUGUUCUGUUUCCUUCUGUUUCUGAUAGUCCUAUAGAUGCUUUUCUAGUUUGAUAGGUGGAGAAGGAGCUCCAUGCUUCUGACUGUUUCUCUCACGCCAAAUGUUAUAUUCAUGUCAGAUGCUUUUCUAGUCAUAUUUUAGUGUCAUGAAAUAGUUUAGAUGCUAUUUUCUUUUUGGUGCAUCUCAUUUUUCAAAUCCUGUUUUGAAUUAUAUAAUUUUUUUUCUGAAAAAAUCAAAAUAGAAGCCUUGGUUGAGAAAGUAGUAGUACUCAAGUGGCACAUGCUGACUCCCAGCAUUUUGACACCAGCCAACCAUAUUCUCCACCGACAUCUUAUCACACGUAUUGACUAUUAAGGUUUUUCUAUCAAAUCAAAUAUCUAAUCUCGAUAGUGUAUAUAUCAUCGUCACACUUUCAACAAAAAUAUUCAAAACCAAACACCAUACAACAUGGAUCAUAAGACAAAUACGACACUGCUUUUCUCGCUCUUGUUUUUCAUUACACACCUCAGCAACGCGUUAUCAAAAGAUCUAUGUAACGAAAACGACAAAAACACCCUCCUCAAGAUCAAGAAGUCCCUAAACAACCCUUACCACCUCGCCUCGUGGCACCCCGAAACCGACUGCUGCUCCUGGUACUGCCUCGAAUGCGGCGACGCUACCGUUAACCACCGCGUCAUCUCCCUAACCAUAUUCGCCGGUCAGAUAUCCGGUCAGCUCCCGCCUGAAGUCGGUGACUUACCGUAUCUUCAGAAGCUUGUCUUCCGCAAACUCACUAACCUCACCGGUCAGAUCCCACACAGCAUCACCAAGCUCAAGUAUCUCACGUUUCUAUGGCUUAGCUGGACGAACCUCACCGGCCCGGUUCCUGAUUUUCUUAGUCAGCUCGUGAAUCUUGACUACUUAAACCUUUCGUUCAAUGAGCUUUCUGGUUCAGUACCUAGCUCUCUCUCCCUGUUACCUAAACUUACGUACAUUGAUCUUAGUAGGAAUAAGCUUACAGGUACAAUACCAGAGUCAUUUGGAUCGUUUCCAGGAGAAGUUCCUUACCUUAUCUUAUCACACAACCAGCUCUCCGGUUCUAUACCCAAAUCACUAGGCAACCUUGAUUUUAACCGGAUAGAUUUCUCAAGGAACAAGCUCACAGGCGAUGCUUCGAUGUUGUUCGGAGCCAACAAAACGACGUUUUCCAUUGACUUAUCAAGAAACAUGUUCCAGUUUGAUCUGUCCAGAGUUGUGCUCCCUGAGUCACUUGGUGUACUGGAUUUGAACCACAAUGGGAUCACAGGGAGUAUUCCCGUUCAAUGGACUGAAUAUUCUCUCCAAAUCUUAAACGUCAGCUAUAACAGACUGUGUGGACCCAUCCCCACUGGAGGCAGUCUUCAGAGAUUUGAUUCUUAUAUAUAUUUUCACAACAAGUGUUUGUGUGGUGCACCUCUUGAUAGUUGCAAGUAAUAAACCAAGCUUAUCUCUAGUUUUCCCAAAAAAAAAAGUAAUAUCAUCCAGAGAUUUCAGACUGAUAAAAUAAAACAUGUAUCACAACUUGUAUUUUGAUGAGUUCUUAGAACAUUUUUAAAGUGAAAAUAAAGGUGGUAGGGU